CCGCGCUACUGCAUGACACACCUUCAGAAUGGUGUCUCCGGGCACGAUGCUGCGCCUCGUUCUGCUUUGAUCCUGUAUGGUUCAGAGACAGGCAAUGCUCAAGAUGUUGCUCAAGAGAUUGCUCGUUUGACUGAGCGUCUGCGAUUUGAUACUACUGUCAUAGACCUUGACUCGAUAGAACUUGUGUGUGCUAUUCCAUCAUUCCUAGCUGUGCCUUCUCUGACCUUCGAUAGCNGUGAUCUACUCAAGCAUACCAUCAUCAUAGUAGCUAUAUCCACCACUGGGCAGGGCGAGUUUCCACAGAAUGCUCGCUCCUUCUGGAAAGUCUUGUUGAGCAGUCAGCUUCGGCCGGGCGUUCUAAGACGCGUUAAUUUCACCACCUUUGGUCUAGGUGACAGCUCAUAUCCACAAUAUAAUGUUGCCCACCGUAUGCUACACAAUCGUAUGCUGCAGUUAGGUGCGAAGCUGUUCUGUGCACGUGGAGAAGGCAACGAGCAACAUCCAGAAGGUCAUAAUGGUGAAUUCCGUGCAUGGAUUGUGGAUCUGAAGCAAGGACUUUUACGACAGUUCCCCUUGCCUGAAGGACAGGAUAUCAUUGCCGAGGACGUUUUCCUAAAGCCCAAAUGGCGUCUCAGACUCUCUACCACCGAGACCAAUGGGAGCAGCAUUACUUACGAUGAAGCCGCAACCCCUUCUCAGGCCCUUACCUUGGACACUCCGCCUGCAAAUGACCUUCUACCAAUUGGAGACAGUGUUACCGCCGACUUGAUAGCGAACACACGUCUGACUCCUUCUGAUCAUACUCAAGAUGUGCGGCUCCUGGAUUUUCGAGUGCCUUCAAGUAUUGAUUACGGACCUGGCGCUGUCGCUGUCGUAUAUCCUAAGAAUUUUCCCAAGGAUGUGGACCAAUUCAUCGAAUGUAUGGGCUGGGAAUCUAUGGCCGAUACUUCUUUGGAGCUUGUUCCUACAGCAGAAGUUUUUGAUUUGCCUACUUACCCUCCCUCGCCUCUCAGAUAUCUUGACUCGAAGAAGUCAAACUUCACAAUGCGCGAGCUACUAACGAACUACCUGGACAUACUCUCAAUACCUCGGAGGACGUUCUUUGCCUCGCUGGCACAUUUUACUAAGGAAGGCAACGAAGACGAGGGUUACCAGAAGGAACGUAUCCUGGAAUUAGCUAACCCUGAGCUGAUUGAUGAGUUAUGGGACUAUACAACUCGACCAAGGCGAACCAUUCUUGAGAUAAUGCCUGAAUUCCCGAGCGUCAAGAUCCCUUGGGAAUACACUCUGAACAUAAUCCCAGUCAUGAGGGGCCGCCAGUUCAGUAUUGCAAGUGGAGGCCGCUUGAAGCGCUUUGGAGAUGGUGAUACCAGAGUGCAGUUGCUUGUAGCAAUCGCAAACCCUCCUAACCCCAUCAUCAAACUACGCAAGCGCUACGGGGUCUGCACUCGUUACAUCGCAACAUUGCAGGCUGGACAACAACUUAGCCUUACGGUCCAACCGGGCUAUCUGAAUGUGAGCCCAGACGAGGCCAACGUACCUGUGCUUAUGAUCGGCCCAGGCACGGGUGUUGCGCCAAUGCGAUCGAUGGUUUAUGAGCGCUUGGAAUGGGCAAGAGAGAGUGGCUCGAGGCAGCCCAGUUUGUUGUUCUUCGGCUGCCGUAAAGAGGAAGCCGAUUAUUUCUUCCGCGACGAAUGGCAGGAUCUUACAGGCCAAGGCCUCACUGUAUUUCCUGGGUUCUCGCGCGACCAAGACAAGCCGAGGACAUACGUUCAAGACUUGAUUCGUCAACAAGCGAGUCUUGUCUAUCAAGUGCUCGAGCGAGAUGGAGGCAAGGUGUAUGUCUGUGGAUCUUCUGGAAAUAUGCCCAAGGGAGUUCGUGAGGCAUUGUCAGAUGUGCUCAGAGAACAUGGCCAGAUGGAGGCCGAAAAGGCAGAUGGGUAUCUUGAUCAGAUGGAAAAAGAUGGCCGUUAUAAACAAGAGACAUGGUAA